AUAUGAGGUAUUACUUGAGUCAUUGGAGUGUGACACAGUAACAAGGUUAUACCAGAUCAUUUCUAUUUUCAUUUUAUAAAUUGUGUGCAACAUAAAUUUAUGGCUAUAGAUUGAUCAGAAACUAUGAUAAAAGUUGGCAUAUCAAUAUCUGCAACAGGUGUUGGUGAAGUUAUACUUUGUGAUCAACUUUUUACCUGAGUUUUAAUGCAAAUUUAUCUUUUGGAUGUGAUUCACACUAUAGGACUCUAUACAUUGUCUGUCUAGGGGGAAAAUACUACUUCUUUACAACUAAUUGGAUAUAUUUGAAGCCUUGAUGUCAACUUAACCUGAAGAGUUAGUCAGGAAAUACUGUAUAAGUGAAGACUAGAAAAAUCUUUAAUCUGGAUGUGACUACGAAUUCUAUUGAUAUUUAAAUUAGGUGAUGUCUUUUUAGAAUUCGGCGUCUGUUUAAAUUCUUUUUAUGUGGCUCAUUUAGUGCGUUGAAGGAUUUUAGAAAGAGGUUUUGGUGACAUUAUCAUUUUAAAUGGUAAAGGAUAGAUUACAAGAGAUGCAGGAAAAGAGAGAAGAAUAUGAAAAGGAGAGUAAAAAGAAAAAGAAGAAGGGGAAAAGUGAGGACAAUGAAGAUAUGAAUGUGUUCAUAGACAAAGUUAACAUGGUGGAAAACCAGUUAGAAGAACUCAAAAAAGAUGUUGCUCAAAUUAAAAAGACACAAAGUAAUUUAUACUGCUCCCCGUUUGUUACUACCGCUAACUUACAGGAUAUGGAAAGUAAGGCAGAUUCUAUUAUAUCUAGUUCUAGUAAAAUACGGAAAGACAUUCAACUCAUAGCCGCUGAAAACUUUCCAAAAUCACAGAAAGAUUCAUUACUUAAUACAAGUACUCAAGAACGUGUUCAUACCUCACAGGUUGAAAGACUGCAAUAUGAGUUGAGAGAAGCAAUGAACGAUUUUAGGACAAGUCAAGCCGAUUAUGUAGAGAAAACUAGAGCAAGGUUCCGUAGACAAAUGGAAAUUGUCAAAGAUAGUAGUGAAAUAAAUGGAAAUGAGCAAGGGGAUAAUUUUCAAAACCAAGCUCUGUUUACAGGGAAUAUUAUAUUAGAAAUGCAACAAGCUAAGGGAGAAUUGCAGAUGAUUGAUGAACGAGAACAAGAACUACAACAUUUAGAAGGUCAAAUUCAUGAAGUUAAUAAACUAUUUAAGGAAAUGCAUGUGUUAGUAGAUGAACAGGGUGAAAUGGUUGAUAAUAUUGAAAAGAAUAUAGAACAGGCUGUUGAUGAUGUUGAAAAAGGGAAAGGACAAUUAACUGAGGCAGAAAAAAAUCAAAAGAAAGCACGAAAAAAGAAAAUUUGUUGUAUUUCUAUUUUAGCAGUUAUUGUGAUUAUUAUUAUUAUUAUAGUGGCUGUAAUGCUUAGUCAGAAUACAUAAUAGAUUGAGAUCAGAAAUGAGUAUUAGAAGUGCUUGGUGUGUGAAUUUGUUUUAAUGUGAGAAUAUGCUACAUGUAUUGAACUUUUAUAUUGUUAAAUGAGGGUCAUAUAGAAUGUUCCAAUACUGUUCAAGUGGUAUUAAAACUGAAGGCAUUAUAUCAUAUCAUGAUUGUACAACACAUUAAAGUUUAAACUUUUAACAAA